AUGUCUAUAAGAUAUCUUUGCACUUUUAGGUUUCAGCUUAUUCAGAAUGGAAACAGGACGUUUCUUACUCGAGCGCAAAAUAGGUACAUGCUCCGGUUCCUCUCAAAAAAGACUAAUAAUAACCAUGAAAGACCAAAUCAAAUACAAACAACCGUAACGGUAGUGGAUGUUAAAGAAAAAAAUGAGAGUGAAAAUGAAAGAAUUUAUAAGAAAGCCAACCCCUUCUUUAUAGACACUUUUCAAACUCCAAAGAGUACAAAAACCUCGCGAAAAUUACCACCUUUUCUUCAAAAAGUUGUUUUUAAUAUUUCUAAAUUGUUUGGAUAUCAUGAUCUGCCAGUACAUGUUCUCGGGGUAACCAGAGAAAUGUAUCAAUUGUGUGCAAGGCAAUUGGAGGCGAAUCGGGAUUUUUACAUUGACGAAUGUAGGCUACCGGAUAGUUUUCAAACGUGGUUUUCGAUAACGCAGCUGCAUGUUUGGAUGUUGAUGGUCAGGUUCAGAGCUGAGCAAGAUGGAAAAGUUUAUAUGCAACAAUUAGUCAAUCAUUUAUUCGACGAUGCGGAAUGGAGGAUGAGAGAAAAACAUGGUAUUACAUCGAAUAGAAUUAUUAUACAAUAUAUGAAAGAUUAUCUUUCUCAAUUUCAUGGUGGAGUUAUGUCAUAUGAUGAAGGAUUGUGUAAAGACGAUCCAGUGUUGGCAGCAGCGUUAUGGAGAAAUGUGCUGGUUACAGAAGGGUCUGCGCACAACAUAGCAUGUUUAGUAAAAUACGUUAGACGCGAACUUCAAUCCUUAGAUAUGACACCGUAUGAGGAGCUUACGCAGG